UUUCACAGAACGCAAAAAGUUUCUUUUCAUAUCGGAAGUCGGGAAGGUUUUUGUUUGACUUAAGACUGUAAUUACAUAAACCAGUACAAGCCUUACAAGCUUCAUGCUACGUCGCUGAAUGCGUGCAAGUUUUUUGUUUUGUAUAAAAGGAUUAGGCACCUCUUCGUUGUUUUUUGUCUCGUUCGCUUUCAGUAGCACCAUGUGUGGGCAGCGAUCCAUCAUCGGUGAAAGCGUACCAUCGCAUUGAUCGAAGAGUCCUGUGGAGCACUCGACUGGUAAAUGGAUCUAGGGGAUUUAUCGAGCUUUUGGGCGAGAUUUCAGAUAGCUUUUUCGUGGGAUUACCCUGAAGGCUGGGAUAUACAAGCUGUACAGUCGGCUGUGUUUCAUGUUGUAGGUGACAGCGAAACGAGGGCCCAGGAUCAGCUUGUUGUAGGAUGUGUCCAGACAGCUGGUGCAGGUGUGAUCCUCACACAACCGAACCCACAGAGUGAUGUAGUCCCAUGUGAAAUGAGCUUCACAGCACAUCCUAUGGCUCAGGAAUUCUACAUUAAGAACAUUGUCAUUGUCUCUGAAGCAAGGAAUGUUGAGCUGUAUAUUGAUGAAAACUAUGAAAGGACAGCAAAGGGUAUCAUGCUUACAAUUCGCAAAGGAAGAAAAGUAUCUUUAUUUGAAACUGAGUUUGACCUGACUGAAUUCAUUCAUGGAACUUGCAGGUGCUUGGUUAAGUUCCUGUCAUAUCCGGAAGAGCAGUCAAUGCGACUUCAGACCAUUGUUGUGCGAGUUGCCAGGGUAUCUUCACUUACUCCUAGCCCUGGAAUGCCAUUACAGUUUUGCCAAGCGCUGAAAAAAUUUCUAAUGGAGCUUUUCAUCCUGGGUUUAGCUCGGAAUUUUCCCGGCAGUCCAGAAGGCGAUGAAGAUUUCAUUAACAUGUUAGCAGGUCUGAUGGUUGAAAAAUCACCCGAAUCUGCUGAAAACUCUGCUACUCUGUCGGUGGAAAAUGGUGCACCCGAUACCCCGGAAUCACCCACGCUCGCUAAGCACCGGUGGGAAACCUAUUUACAGUCACGUGUACGUGCAAGCCGCAACAUGGUACGCAAAACCAGACCAGUCUCUCUCGGUAGCGCGAUUCCUGUAGCGACACAGGCCACAAUGAAUCCACGAGCGCAGUCAUUCUGCUUGGAAGACAAGCGUUCUGUAGAACGAGUUAUGGCCGAACAAGUGCCCGCUCCACUAGAGAAGGCUUCGUCUCACAGCUCGGAUCCAGGGAGUAAAACCAGGUGCGCCGAGUGCGGAUGCCCCGGAUGUUUGUCAGUUUAUAACUCUAUCACUACGAACAUCUAUGCCGCGGAAAAAAGAAUUAUGGGGCGGGUUGAAGCUAAACUCCAGGCCAUGCUCGAGCACAUGGACUCGAGGUUCGACACGUUAUUCAACAGUUUGCUACUCAGACAAGAGCAGCCCUUUACACGCAGCGCUCAUGGCUCGAACAACAGCUUUCCUGGCACCAGGAGGCUCUCCCAGCGUAAUGGUCACAAACCUGGUGAUACGUCUGUUUGAUAGUCAAACACGCGCCGCCGCCGAGGAUACACUCAUCAAAGUUCGAGAGAAUUCUUACACAAAGCGAAUAAAAGCGAUUCCCCCAACUGUUUCGUUGUUGAUAAUGGACAGUUGGCUGCAAAGUCAGGUCGAAUCAGUCUUAGACUUUAUCAGUUUGGAGGAGUUUACAUGCAGCUUGGAAACAACUGCGAAAGAAACAAAGUUUUUUUUUUUUUUUCCGUUUUCGAAAAGUUAAAGGGUCUUUUUUAGAUGGCCAGCUCAGAGAUGAUCUUGGCUUAAAGAGGGAACCCAGGAAAACACAUAAGAGAUUAAGGGUCUGAAUUAACGAGAAAUUAUCUUUGAGGUACAUUUUCCCUAAAUUCUACCACAACUGAUGACCAAUUUUGGAAAACAAGUUUUUAAUUUUGCGUUAUGGAUCGAACUGAGUCUUUCUGGGUCCAUUUUAUUGUCCGACAGACUUUUGAUCAAAUUCACAACGUUGUAAUUAUUAAAUAAGUGGAAUUGUCCUUUGUAGGCUAUGUUAUUGUAUGAGCUGUUCACAUUCACAGCAGAACACAAUGUCUUAAUUGAAGUACGUAAUUAACAAUGAAAUAUGUAAUAUUUUCGAGCAACAUGCAUAAAACAUAACGGUAAUUCAGGCGGUUAAAUUAGAUCAAGUUAUUAUGCAUCCCUUAUAAAUACAUAUUAAUUUACCACAGUUGAAAGCUCGCCAGCCUGCGAGCAAAACUGUUUUCGGUGUUCGCCUUGCUCGGUUUUCUAAACAAGAGUGUUCUCGUAGGCGAAACAUUUUUUAGAAAUGUUUUGAUUUAUUUAAACAACAAGGGAUAAAAUGCGGUUAUUUGAUGUCAAUUAUUUAAUUCUUUCCUACCAAGGUGUAAUUUAUAUAAUAAAAGCGUUAUUUCUUAUAUCGAGACCAUGUAACAAGUGUAGUGGCAGAAUAGUUUAUGAGAAAAAAAAAAAAAA